AUGGCUACAAAUGUUUAGUCGAGUUUGCUUUCACUAGCAUAUUGAGCAAAGAAAGCCAGUGCUCUCGGUUAUAAUAACCCACCCCACAGCGCUCCGCCUCCCCCCAUAAAAGCGCGCUCGAUGCGGCAGACGUGCUGUUUCAACGUUUUUCUAAACCGUCCUUGCACCGGCGCGUACCGGCUACGAGCGAAGAGGUGUACGAGCCAAGAAGAGUUAAACAAGAGAACUUCGAGGGGCAAAUAAUAAAAAAAAAAAACAAGUUGAGAAAAACAAGUGAGAAAGAAAGGACUUUUUUCGAACAAAAGUUCCCUAAAACGACCUGUUAUUAGAGUUCUGGUGACAAUUGGCAAUUGAAGUUUCAGGAACUUACUGCUUUGAAAAGUACAUCACUUCUUAAGCCACUGUUACAUUAUUGUAUACCGUCAGAUAGCACCCCACGAUACUGGAAUAAACCACGAGCAAUUUCAGCACGACUCGACUUUGGGGUCUUUUUGUGGUUUUUUAGCUUUGAUUAGCAACGAUUUAAAUAGCGUGUGGGAUCAGAGCAUAGCCUCGUUCAGUACGGAAUUAUAAUGAAGGAACUUUUGUUGAUAGCUUUGCUGUUAUCGACGGCUGUUCGCAGUACAAAUGCGAUCAAUAAUUGUACGGCGAGUUGUCCUAAAAGUCGAAUGUCUCAACUUAACCCAAAUUCACCUGAGGUCCGCAAUGCCCAUAUCCAGGCAAUUAAAAUGAAGAUUCUCAAACAUCUGGGCAGCCAUCAUGCGACGAAUAUAGAAAUGGACCCGAAUCGAUCUCGUGAAGCGCUCGCACUAUUAGCCGGCGAUACACUCGGAGCUGGGCAGAGUCUCCAAAAUAUGUUCACCGAAAGAAACGAGUACGAGGAGGAAUCUAGAAUGGUUGUUUUUGCCGACCAAGAUGUUACGUGUCCAAGCGAAAUACGCGACGAGGCACUUCUCUGUCUUCAAUUCGACAUAUCACGCGUCCUCCAGUCGAGUACGAUCGUUCGCGCUGAAAUUGGCAUCUUUUUCUUGUCAGGACACAACCAGUCAUUCAACUUGAGAGAAAUACGGAAGAACUUUUUAACUGGUCCCCGUAUUACCGGCGCUUCGUCUCAAGGAUGGGUACGUUUCGACGCAACUUCGUUGGUGGCUCGUUGGGUCAAGGAUACGAGCGAGGGAACAAGGGCUUCGUCAACACGAAUUGUCCAGCUAGCUUGUCCUACCUGUAUUAACGGGACCUUCAAUCAAAUUCGCGAUGCUAAGGAAUCACCUUUCCUCUUCAUUUCUAUCGUUCCGCAAAAAUCCAAUCGACGACUAAAGCGCAGUGUUGAAUGUUCGAUGUCAAACAUGCAGAAAGGUUGUUGCAAAGCUCCGUUCGAGGUCAGCUUUCACGAUGACAUUGGCUGGCGUUGGAUCGUUGUGCCGAAGACGUUCACGCCGAAUUUUUGCCGGGGUCAAUGUGAGCUUGAGGUGAAUAUGCUGGGUCCCCACGGCUUGGCAAAGAACAGCUACAUGAAAGCGUACCCUGUUAGAGCACAGAACAUUGAGUUGGCCAUGUGCUGCGCUCCGAAAGUGCUUAAACCGCUUACGAUUGUAUAUUUCGUCAACAAAGACACCCUUAACGUCACCACGAUACCGGACAUGAUUGUUGAGGAUUGCCACUGUACAUAAAUGGUUAACACGGAACGAACUUCUCCUGUCCCCACACCGCUUCUAACUGUUUAUACAGUUCUUUGAUAAACAGCAAAUCGACCAGUUAGAUCAAUGAUAAAGCAGGCCUCUGAUGCUCGAACGAGCUUUAACCGGUUAUCGCAAUUCAUUCCGCCGAAGAUUCAAACUGUGAAGAUGAGAUCAGGCUAAGCGUCGAUUUUGUCAAACAAAGCGAUACUCUUUCGCUGCGAACGCCACCGUGUGCAGGAUAUAAUGGACUCAAACUUUUUUCUACUUCAAUUAGAUCUACGAUUUGUCUAGCUUUCACAAGAGGUAGAGGUUACCACGUGCUCACUUCCUUGAUCCCGCUUCUCUAAACCAAUGAAAUCCCAAGUGUCCUUUAAGUAUUUUAUAAACUGCUGAUAAGUUAUA